AUGGAUCCAGUCGGUCUCUCAGUUGGUCUCCUCACCACUGUCGCCGCGCUCGUCUGUAAGGUCCACGAGAUGAUUGCCCAGGCCGAGAUCGCCGGCGAUCAAUUCAAAGACCUCACCUGCGAGUUCAAACGCACAGAGGUGGGGCUCAACUGCCUCGAGAUGAUCUUCAAAACCUCGACCCUCUCGCGCGCAGAUGUGGACGAGUACAGCAAGAAAUUGGCCGGGUACACUAAAGACCUCCAAAGCAUUGGAACCCAGCUCAAGCAAAUCCGCGGCAACCUCAGCAGCCGCAAAUUCUUCAGGCGUUACUCGCAGAAGCGGGAACUGAUGGAUGGAGAGCUCGGCCGGCUCAAAUCAUUAAUCGUGGACUUCAACUCGAGCCUGAGCUUUCUUGCCACAACGUACAACUGCGUGCUCAGCGACCGCGCCCACGCCUACGCAAAAUCCGCCGACGAGAGGCUCGGCAGCAUCGAGUCUCAGCUGAAUAGACUGGAAUUCAAGACCGAGAAGAACCUGCAGAGCAUCAGGGUCGACAUCGACCUCAACCUGCAGUACGUGCAGGCCGUGAUCCAGCUACAGCAGGAGGAGCCCGACUAUUCGAUCCCGCUCCCGAAAUAUGAAAAGUAUGAGUCGAAGCAGCCAAUGUUUAUCUUGACCGAUAAGGAUACACCGGGGGCAGUGACCCCAUACACGACUCCGAGCACGCCGAGGGUUGUCCCCGAUUCGGCACCGCGGGUGCCGCUAGGUCCCGGCCCUUCAUUUGAUGAAGCGUUUCGGACUUCGGAUUGGUAUGUUACCUGUGGUCUUCAAGGAGCAGAGGAUGCGCAGAACGACUAUUGGAGGGCGCAUGAACUUCAACAAGCCAGUGCUGUUUGA